AUGUUUCACGACCUGAACGUUCCCUGGACGGACGCGACGCGCGAGCUGCAGCGCACAGUAGCUUUCCUCGACGAAUUACGUCGAGGAAACUGCGACCCUUUCACGUUCCUCUUUUCAAUCGCUAAUGCGCUGCUCAACCAGAGUUCGCCUGUACCCACAAAACUUCCCUUCCCGGUUCCUUCACGCAUGCGCAUCCUACGACGAUGCAACAUCUUUCUUACCGAUUCGGCCUCCAACUUCCGCAUACCACAGCUCCAGCAGCAAUAUGACCUCGUAGCCGCGCGACCUACAGACGACCGCACCCUCCAGCAGGCAUGUCAGAGUCUGGACGUAGACAUAAUUUCACUCGACCUGACCCGGCGAUUCGAGUCCCACUUCAAGUUCCCUACGCUGGGGACAGCUAUAUCCCGUGGUAUUAAGAUCGAAAUAUGCUACAGCCAGGGUAUCAUGUCGAGCGAUCCCGCCGCAAAGCGCAACCUGAUUAGCAAUGCGACACAGCUCAUACGCGUGACCCGUGGUCGGGGCCUCAUAUUUAGUUCGGAAGCGAAGAGCGUGCUAGGCAUACGCGCACCAAGCGAUGUCAUCAACCUGGCUUCCGUCUGGGGACUCGGCACAGAGAGAGGCAAAGACGGUCUGACAAAGGAGCCUAGGAGUGUAGUCGAGUAUGCACGAUUGAAGCGCCAGAGCUUUAAGGGCAUCAUAGAUAUUGUCUAUGGUGGAGAGAAGCCAGCGCAAAGCUCUGCGGCUAAGGGCAAGGACAAGCAAGAUCCGAAGGGGAAAGCAAACAAGAACCAGAACGGCAAGCGACCAGGCGAGAGUUUGGAGGGCACUCCCCUGCACGAGACCAAGGCAGAAAAGCCAAUCUCGAAGCGCCAGCAAGCCAAGAACAAAAAGGCAAAAGUACAGGAGGGGGGUGGAGAAGUGACAGAAUCCUAA